AGAAUCACUUUAUUAUAGGCAAUUAUGAUUUUCUUUCUCCAAAAUUUUCCUUAUUCUUCAAUUACACCUUCCUUAACCAUCUUCCACCAUUAAUAUUUUUCUCCAUUAUUUGUUUAGUUUCUGUAACUGUCGCUUCCCACCCAAAUGACGAAAUUAAAAUGAUACUGAUAAUACAAACCUUACAAUUAAAUGAAACAUAAGCAUAAGUGGAAAACCAUUUUUGGAUAAAUUAAUGUCUAUUUUUAUUUUUUAUUUUUUAUUUUUGAGUGAUCUACAGGCAUACCAAUAUUUAACUCGGAAGUAGAAAUUUAUCAAAGUCAGAUUUCACAAAUAAGAGCCAAGAUCUUAUGUUCCAGUGCUUUAAGUUUUGAAAAGAAAGCAAUUUAUUGUGAAAGAACUUAAUAAAAAUUAAAAUUGUGAAAAAGUGCAGCAAUGGUAGAAUGCAGUUAAUGGAGGAGUAAUUGUUUUUGUUUUUUUUUUUCCUGAAUCGAAAAAUGGAGAGGUAAUUGAGAAUAAAGAAAUAAUUGGAGAGUUUUUUCGUAAUUCGACCUUACCUUAGAGGGUUGGACGUAAUUUACGCUUUAGUUGUUUUCUCACAUCAGCACAUAUAUACAUUGUAUUUAAUCAUAUUGAUAUAUACCAAUGUAGUGAUCCCCUAUAUAUUAUCAUGCAGGUACUAUACCAGAAGAAAUUGGUCUUCUAAAUAAACUGCAGAUAUUGGAAAUGACAUAUAAUCAGUUGACGGGCCCGUUACCUCCAACGAUUUUUAACAUAUCUUCAUUGCAAUAUAUUUACUUGUUCGGUAAUAUCUUAUCAGGAAAUCUGCCUAUCGACAUAUGCAAACAUAAUCUGAAUGCUCUUCAUUUAAAUGACAACAUGCUCAGUGGGGAAAUACCAUCUAAUCUUGGACGAUGUCCGAAACUUCAUGCGUUAUAUCUAUCAUUCAACAGAUUUAGUGGUUCGGUGCCAAGAGAAAUCGGGAAUUUGACGAGACUUGAAGAUGUAUUACUUGGAAACAACGCUUUGAGUGGUAAGAUUCGUUCUCUUUGCAUAUAAUCAUUGAUCGUUAACCUCUUUAUAUGUUGCAUUCGUAUAAUUAGAUAGCGUUUUAAUUUAGAGUGUGCUUUGCUAAGCUUAUAAGCUGUUAAAAAUGGCGUACACGAUGUUUAAGAGCUUAUAAGUUCGUCCAAAGUGUUUGGUAAUUUUAUUUUUUUAAAUCUUAAAAAUUCACAAAAUAAGCUGUUGAUUCUUAAUUUUACAAGUUUUCUGUAUAUAUUUCAGGCAACAUUCCUUGGGAAAUAUUCACAACCAAUAUCCGGACGAUCGAUCUUUCCAACAAUUUAUUACAAGGUUCUAUACCACUAACAAUCGGAACAUCUCGAAAUUUGGUUUCACUCAAUCUUGCAAAAAGCAAUAUUUCCGGUAGAAUACCUUCCACAAUUGGGAACCUGCAGUACUUAUCUCUCUUAAUACUCCAUUCCAACAAACUCAUAGGCGACAUUCCGUCGUCCAUUUGCAACUUGACAUCCCUUCAAUAUCUUCAUCUGUCAAGUAACAAUUUAGAAGGACAAAUUCCAAAUUGUUUAGGACACUUGAGCACAACUUUAGGGGUCUUGCAUUUGAAGGGAAAUAAUUUUCAUGGUCCGAUUCCGACAACUUUUUCAAAGCGUUGUGCCCUUCAGUCGAUAAACUUGAACGGUAAUAAAUUCGACGGAAAGUUACCACAAUCCCUCGUCAACUGCGGACAACUGGAGGUUAUUGAUAUCGGCAACAAUGGAAUACGAGACGUGUUUCCUUAUUGGAUGGAAACUCUUCUCGAGCUUCGAGUGCUUGUCUUGAGGUCUAAUAGAUUAAAUGGUGACAUAUUAUCUACUUCAACGGAUAAGCUUCCAUUCCCCAAGUUGCAAGUUUUGGAUGUAUCGUUGAAUCAAUUUACCGGCUCGUUGCCUAGUGGAUAUUUGAGCAAUCUUAGAGCCAUGACGGUUGUGGAGGGAAGGAGAAUCGAAAAGGGAAAUUGGUUUUCGAAUUAUCAAGAGUCGAUCGUGUUUGUUUUGAAAGGUGUGGAGCUUCCCGUGAUGAGAAUCCUACAAACAUUCACAACCGUUGACUUGUCCGGGAAUAGAUUUUCCGGAACUAUUCCGGAAUCCAUAGGAAAUCUUAACUCUCUACGGUACUUGAAUUUGUCUCGUAACAACAUCACAGGAAAUAUACCAUCGUCUCUUGGAAAUAUGAGCAUACUUGAAUCUUUGGACCUGUCUUCAAACCAAUUGGUCGGGGAAAUUCCAUCGCAAUUGACAAGUCUCACAUUUCUUUCUUUGUUAAAUCUUUCGUUCAAUAAUCUUGUCGGGCAGAUACCUCAAUCGAGUACCGGCCAAUUUCCUACAUUUGACAACAGUUCAUAUAUGGGAAACUCGGGAUUGUGUGGGUUUCCAUUGACAAAAAUGUGCGGACAAAACGAAGUUCAACCUUUGCCUCCAAUAUUACCACAAGUUGAUGAUUUCGGCUUUCUAGAUGGUUUUGGUUGGCAAGCGGUUGUUUCGGGGUAUGGUUGUGGAUUUGUAUUUGGAACUACUAUCGGUUAUUUCAUUUUUCGAUAUGGAAGGCCAAAAUGGUUUGUAGGCCUCUUUUUCAAUGUUCAAUAAAAGUU